CUAAAGUUCAGAACCGAAACUCCGAACGAAAUGUCGAGAGUCGCUGGUUGGAAGAACAGAAAUGGCCUGUGCUGACCGUGCCACUUUCCAGGAACGACAGAUCUCCGAGCGAGAGCUGUCGGAGAGGAGCACUGAGGCUACCGAGCCCUAAAAGUGAAGAUUUGAGAUUCGUCCAGGAUCUGAAUCAGAGAUUUUUCCAGCACGUCUCGAUCCUUCCUUCCAUGAGCUCUGGUCCGUUUUGAUGCGUCAUUUCGGAGGCGGAUCUUCGUUUCUCGGAUCGGAUCAGCGUCGACAGAUCUAGACACCUGCAUCCUCGAGUCUGCGCUUGGCCACCGGCGUUUUCCAAUAUUGAAGAAGAGAAGCCUGGAAGAUGAGCUCGACUCAGGGAGCCCACUCGUUGGCUUUUCGGGUCAUGAGAUUGUGCAGGCCUGCAUUGCAAGUGGACUUGGGACUACGUGUGGAUCCAGUGGACUUGAUAUGUGGAGAGGAUGACGUUCAGAAACUUGUGGAGAAUCAUGGCGAUGUUGAAGAUUCUAAGGACAAGACGUCAUUUUAUCGACGUGCUGAGUUGGAGGAUCCAAUAGAUGCUUUAGGUCUCUCGGGAAUCCUAGUACUGCCUCAGACAUUCGGCUCAAUUUAUUUAGGGGAAACUUUCUGCAGUUACAUCAGUGUCGGAAAUCACACCAAUCAUGAUGUUAGGGAUGUUGGUGUAAAGGCAGAGCUGCAGACGGAGCGGCAGAAAUUAAUUCUUGCAGAUAGCACUAAGGCUCCACUAGACUACAUAAAAGCUGGUGGUCGUUACGACUUCAUUAUCGAGCAUGACAUCAAAGAACUUGGGCAACACACUCUUGUUUGCAUCGCAGUCUACACUGAUUCUGAUGGUGAACGCAAGUAUCUCCCUCAGUACUUCAAGUUCCUGGCAACGAAUCCUCUUUCAGUGCGAACCAAGGUCCGAAUGGUGAAGGAUACGACGUAUUUGGAAGCAUGCAUCGAGAACAAUACCCGUUCUCACUUGUUCCUAGACAACGUGAAGUUCGACCCGGCACCACCCUUUGUUGUCAAAAUUUUAGAACCUGAUACUGAGGCCAAAGAUGACCUCGAUGGAUUACUGAGUGGCCUUUUUAAUCAGGUGAAGCUGGUGAGAGCGAAUGGAGGUACUCGACACUUUUUGUACCAAUUGACAGCGCCACCGCCGGAUCCAGGUGUUGCCAAGAUACCCGUCACCAAUGCACUUGGAAAACUUGAGCUUUUGUGGCGUACAACCCUUGGUGAGCCUGGACGUCUUCAAACUCAGCAAAUUCUUGGCAACCCUGUUCCGCGCAAAGAAGUGAGUCUUGAAAUCGCAGAGCUUCCAUCGCGGAUUAUUCUGGAGCGUCCAUUCCUGGUGCGUGUUACUGUAAAUAACUCCACCGAUCACAGAGUCGGACCUCUUCAGAUUUCGAUGUCGCAGGAAGAUGCCCAGGGUGUCAAAAGAGCAAUCGUUGUCAAUGGCCUUUGGUCUCUUAUUGUGCCACAACUAGAACCUUCGGGCUCGACGGAUUUCAAUCUGAGUUUGGUAGCUACCGCCAUCGGAGUGCAACGUAUUAUCGGGAUCAGGGUGGUCGAUGUGAGAGACGGGAAGGUUUUUGACAUUCUUUCACCAACCGAGGUUUUUGUGGAGCCUGAGUAGUCCCAGAUAUUUCUGUUCUUCGGGAUGCUUUUGAAAGAUCCAUGUCGUCUCCAUUAAAUUUCCUAUCGUGGAAGUCUGUGCAGUUGCAGUGUUUUUGUGAGGUGAAGCUGCCUGGAUCAUUGCGCAUUCAUAGCCCAUUUGUCACUACGAGGAAUCUAUUAUCAUUUUCGUAAGGCUUCCUUGUCUUCGUUACUCCUAGCUUGUUAGGAGUAACGGUUAGCAUUUUUCUUACGUGUAGCCGUUCGACUUGUCAGGCUUGAUCGAUUGGUUACCUUCAAGGCUGACGAGUUUAGAUGAAUUUUAUUCUUUGGUUUCUUGCCCACCAAAAUAUUUGUCAACGGUUCUUGACAAAGUUUUGGGCAGGUGAUUCAUGACAGGAAGCAAGCAAGCAAGCAAGAAUUUAGCGGAAAUGGAUAUGCGAACGAUAGUUUCCUGUUUAGUUCCACUAUGGCGUCAACUUUGUCGGUUUUUUAAAGUUAUUGUCUGAUCAGUGAGGCCGAUAAUUAAUCGUCCAACCACAGGACCCUUGUAUAGUGAUUCACCACCCUGUAAAUAAGAGCUCAUGUGGCUAGAAAGGACUAUAUUCGCGAAGGACCUGGAGUGCCUGUCAUUAAUGAAUAGAUAUGGCCAUGAUGAUCCUUGACCUUCGUGUGCCAGGUGGCAUUUCUCAUGGGCUGGGAAGAUAUUGAUUAAAGUCGGGAAAGUUUUUGUGAUAUGUGG